AUGCCAUCAGCCAGAUUUAUUGUCACUUUGUUACUAGUUUGUGUAUUUGAUAUCCAAUCGUUUACACUUGCAUUACAAUGGCAGCAAAGGCAAUCAUCUAUACUAUAUCUUAAAAAUUACGAAUAUGCAGAAUUUUCUGGGUAUUCUAAAGUGGCGACCAAUACUUCCGAUAUUAAAACUAAUCUUGCAUAUCGCUUCCGAAUUCAAGUUCAUGCCUAUAAAAAAACUUUCCCAUUAGUUCUACGUAGUCAACCACUUCUUUAUCAUGAUAAUUUCAUUCUUGACUUAGAUCCAAAUUCUGUUAAAUUAUUCGAUCACCACCAUCUUGUACAGGGAUUUGUCGAAUCUUAUCCAACAUCGGAGGCCUACGGUUACAUUUAUCCAUCCGGUCAAUUUCAAGGUGUAUUUAUCCACAACAAAAUUAAAUAUUACAUUGAAUACAGUCUAUUUUAUAUCAGGAAUCUCAUCGAUCGUAAUUCGUUUAUUAUCUACCGAGAUGUUGAUAUUCAACAUCGAUCAAGGAAGGGACGUGGAGAAGCAGAAAGCGGACCAUGGCUUUUCGAUCCAUUAGAGUCAUUUUCUUCCUCAAAUUUGUAUAGUCAUCUUCUGCGUAAGAAACAAUUUUCGGAACAAACUAAAAAAGAUACAAAUAAAACGACCUGUUUAGCUCGUAUUGAAAUUGAUCAUCGUGUUGUCCAACGAUAUGGGGACCAAUUUCAUGCUUUGAUUGGUGCUUCUGUGUUAUUGCAAGGUGUUAACCUGAUCUAUCGACGCACAGAUUUUAACGGCGAUGGCAAAGCGGAUGGAAUUGGCUUUGCUGUACAAAGUUUUUCAGCUAAGAGAAAUUUCAGUCGUUUAGAUAAUAUAGAUGAUCCAAAAUAUUACUUCGGCAACUGGACAGCUCUUUAUAAUUACAGCUCGUACUGUAUGGCGUUUCUACUAAUCGAUCAUCAGUUUACUCUAAAAGUAACUGGAAUAGCCAGUAGCGGUUAUGAAGCAGAUCAGGGUGUAUGCACACGAUAUCAUUAUCAAUACAAUCACCUCCGAUCUAGCUCUAAUGUUGGUCUAAUGUCUAUCUCUCGUUAUCGAAGCUCCUUAAUCUACCCAAUAAGACUGUUAAUCAUGGCUCAUGAAAUGGGCCACAUAUUUGGUGCGAAUCAUGAUAAUGCUAGCCAUCGAUGCUCUCCUGGAGGAAGUCAUGGAGAUUAUUUAAUGCAUUCUACGGUUACAAGCGGAAAGCAAAGAAAUAAUCUAUUAUUCUCCCCGUGUAGUCGGCAAUCAAUUUAUCACACCUUACUGAAUAAAGCAAGAAGUCAGCAAAGUUGUUUUGUGGAUCAGUACUACCCUGUAUGUGGCAAUGGAAUAAUCGAUGAAGGUGAGGAAUGCGACUGCGGUUACCAAAAUCAUUGUCAAGAUCCUACAUGCACUCCUGCAUAUUUAAGCUAUUUGGAUAUACCAAACCAAUUGGCAAAUUUCGCUCACAUACCAUGUCGGAAAAUUCCUAAUUAUGGAAGAAUUAAUUUUGUGUCACCAGCAGUGAUUAUGGGCAUUACUCUGAUUACUUGUCUCGCUAUUGUAGUCGUUGCUUCCGUAUUUUGGAACUACAUUAAGCCUAGAAAUCCAUUCAGGCUAAUACUAAAUAUUUGUGUCAUUUUAUAUGAGGCAAUUAACUGGAUAUUUAAGAUUCAGUACCUAGGAAGAUUGCGAUUAAUUACAACACCACAAGCGCAUCAACAAUCUCGUUACGUUAUUAAAGCAAAUGGCCUUGCAGCUGGAAAAGGCAUUGCUAUUUGUUGUAGUCAAGAAGAAGCGGAAACAGCUAUCAUCGAUAUUUUAAUAGUUCUAGCUUUCUGCGAUGGGGUUAAUGUCAGCAUAAUGCCACACAUCCACGAUUAUAAGAGACUAUACGAUCGCGAUUUAGGUCCAAUUACAGGAGGAAUGAGGGUAUUUGCUCCAUAUACUAAGAUUUCAGAUGACGAUGACAGAUGUAUCCGGGAAGAAAUUAUAUUCAAAAUCAUUUCAAAAAUGAAAAGCCUUGGUCAUCCAUAUGACGGGAUCUUGUAUGUAGACAUAAUGCUUACAAAUGAUGGUCCGAAAGUAUUAGAGUUCAAUUGUAGAUUGGGUAAUCCUGAAGCGCAGGUUUUACUACCCUUACUGAAAAGCGACUUGUUCAAUAUUCUGGAAGAUUGCAUCAAGCAAAACUUGAAUCGUAUCGUUGAAUGGCAUCCGGAUUAUGUCGUAGGAGUAGUACUAGCGAGUAGAGGUUACCCUAGACCAUACCAGACUGAUGUUGAAAUUUAUAGUAUUAAUAAAGCUGCUACAUUUAUUGGUAUACAAAUAUUCCACGCUGAAACUGCAUUAACAGAUGACAUGGAUCACCAAGUAUUAACUAAAAAAGGAGGAGUUCUGACAGCGACCGCCAAAGCGUCGUCUCUUUCUAAAGCAUCAAUCAUAGCUUAUCGGACUAUUGAUUGCAUUAACUUUGACGCCAUUAAAUCGUGUUGUUAA